AUGGGCAAGCGCACGAAGCAGUACAAGAAGCUCAUGCGAGCCUUCCAGCUGCUUGGAUUUCGCGAACCCUACCAGCUGCUCAUAACCAGCGACGUCAUCCUCGAUACAGUCAAGCUUGAUUUGAUCAACUUGUUUGAGAAAACGCUGUCUUCUAAGAACCUGAAGCCGAUGAUAACACAAUGUUGCAUUCGAGCAUUAUAUGCAAAGAAUGUCGGGCCAAACAGAGACCCCGCCGUGGUUGCUGCCAUUGAUCGGGCAAAGACGUUUGAGAGGAGAAGGUGCGGUCAUCUCAUGGAUGAAGAUCCGCUUACGGAGCGAGAAUGCAUGCUCUCGGUCGUGGAUCCGAAGGGGAAGGGGGAGAAUAAGUUCAGAUAUGUGGUCGUUACUCAGGAUGAGUGGUUGAGAGACAGGUUACGGUCAGUGGUACCCACGCCGUUGAUGUACGUCCGGCGGAGUGUCAUGAUUCUCGAGCCCAUGUCCUCUUCAUCGGCGCAGGCUAGAGAACGGGAAGAGCGUGCUAAGUUCAUGGAUGGUAUCAUUAGGCGGCCCCAAAAGAGAAAGAGGGACGAAGACGACUCUGGGGAGGAGCAUUCUGGCAGUGAAGACGAAGGGAAACGUGAUAAACCCGCCGAUCACGCCGAGGCCGCGGCGGAAGACAAGCCCAAGAAGAAGAAGAAAGGGCGCGGUCCUAAGGGACCGAAUCCGCUGUCAGUCAAAAAGCCAAAGAAGACGAAGGCAGCAGAAGAUAAAAAGCCAAGGAAAUCGGAGCCACCGCCAAAGGACGCCGCGACUGAGGCCAAGCCGAAGAGGAAACGACGCAAGAAAACUAGUGGGACUGAGCGCAGUGGUACUGAGCAGGCGGAGAAGCCGGAGGCAGUCGCCGUCGAAGCUUCUGAAGGUUGA